CAGCAAACUAAUAGCUCCGUACUUACGCUCUUGGAAUGGAAAUAGUUAAUUCUCAGAUAGAGUUGUGAUCAAAGAGACAUUUUGUCAAACCACUUGCCUAAGACUUCAAACAUAAUUAACUAAAUCGGCUUAACUUAACAAGUGUUCGAAUGGCCGCGAACCACUGCAUUCUUCACCUCGCAUGGCACACAGUGCACCCCUACACUCGACUCAACUUUAUAAUUUCACACUGCAAAUUGUUUACCUCUCCUCCUAACCUGACCUGCUUGCAUUCCUAUACGAACCUAACCCUCGCAAUAAUUUUUAACUACUUGCAUAAAUUGCAUAUGUGGAACAGGCGUGCACCUAGGAGUUUGAGGUUAUCGAGUGUCUACACAUUUUGUCUGCCUUGACUUUCAAUAAGUUAUGUGGUUUAAAAACAGAUCGAACCACAACAAUUCAUUAUUACCGUCUUUAUCGGCAAUUCUUCUUGUUAUUUAAUAUAUUAGUGAUACAUACGUAUAUUCAAAUAUAGAUAAAUAAUGGCGCCAGCGACGAAAAGCAGUAAACAGGCUACAAAAGGCGUUAAGCAAAUAAGCGAGGAAAAUGAUUUAACGUUAAAUUUUUAUAGAAAUAUGAUUAUUGGAGCCCAUGGAACUUAUCUUCUUAUAAUGAGUAUUUUCUACGAAUUAACAUCGGUGGAAAUACUUUUAUCAGUAAUUUCCAUUAUAAUAAAUAUUGGCUGCUAUUCUUUUAUGUCUUAUACUACUCAAACAAAGCUCGCACCAUCCGGUCAAAUAUCUUACUCUGGCAUUGAUUUAAAUAUUGAAGGAGGAAUAGGCGAACAUCUUAAGGAUUUGAUUAUUCUUGCUUCUGGAAUUCAAUUGCUUUUGAUUCUGUCGAACUACUGUUCGCUGUUGUGGACAUUGGUGCCACUUCGAUUAUUGUGGGUAUUGUGGGUGAACGUUGUAUCUCCGUGGAUAUUUGCUGAGCCACCAGUUGUGACGGAAAAAUCCAAGAACAAGCAACGAAAGUUCGAAAGAAAACUAGCAAGAUCAGUUUACAGAAGUUAUUAAUAUUCCAUUUAAUCUACGUGUGAUUAACAGGAAAGUGAUUUUAAAAAUGGUUAGUCACGAUUUUUUUUUUUUUUACUUGACUGAGAUUUAUAAAGAAUGGCAAUUUUUUAAUUAAAGUCUGUCUCAAACACUUUAUACAAUCAAAAAUUCCUAAUCUGCAAUUCGUUUCUUCAUUUUUUCUUUUUCCGACUGAAAAAGAACUGCUCUUUGACCUCAAUUCCCAAAUUAAUCUCUUCGACAUUUCACAUUAUUUGGAAUGAACGUGUUUGUGUACAUCGUAUUAUCCAAUUAUACAUAGUGUAUCUUAUCUCCCAUAAUUGUACUCGAGAUGCAUUUAACGAGGAAUGAAAAAAAGAAGUGAUCUCAUACGAUGAUAAUAAAAGCAGAAUGAUAUUUUCAUUCAUUA